GACCUGGUUGCAUGACAAGAGUGUCCAGAAGGAAGUAAAUAUGAAGAUGCUUAUACCAGUAUAUGGACAGUUACAAGGAUCAGGUCAUUCUCAGGCUGAUAGAAACUAGGUAAUGAAUACAAAGGAAUCGGAGAGCAAGGACCCUUCUCCUUUGCGAAGUAAAUCAAAAUACAAUAAAUUUCACAAAUUAUUCAAAGCUGUGCCUGAAGAGGAAUACCCACUCAAUGAUUAUUCAUGUGCCUAUAUUGGAGAUAUUCUGUUACAUGGAAGCAUAUACAUAUCACAGAACUGGAUUUGCUUUUACUCCAAGAUACGGGCCCGUGGGCGAAGGCUUCAGAUUCCACUGGAGAAAGUGAUCAGCAUUACAAGGGAGAAAACAGCAUUAGUGUUUCCAAAUGCUAUUGGUGUUCAGACUGCCGAGGAAAAGUAUACAUUUGGGUCUUUUCUCAUGAGAGACAAUGCAUACAAGUUUAUAAACACAGUAUGGAAAAAAAACCAAUCCAUCAAGAGAAUUCAGAAUGAUCAUACAUUUGAUUUUCUAAAAGAAACUGCAGUACUUAAUUCAUCUGUCUCGACUCCUGUAUUCUCCAUUGGUCAAUCAGAGUGUGAGGCCCAGGAAGAGGGAGCAGUGGAGGAGGAAGCCUGCUCUAUAGAGGAAUUCCCCCAGGGAUGUGUUAACUGUGAUAAUCAGACUGUUCACACCAAUUCAAGCUCUAAUCAAAAUAACAAUGUAGUCACGUCAGACUCUUCUGAUGUGGGCAUGUGCAAUCUUUGUGAUAAAUUAGACAGUGAUAAACAUGACAGUAGUAAGUUUCUUGAAAAUGGCAAAUCCCCAACCUCAGUCCGAAAAGAUCCAGGCAAGGGACCAGUGAUUCGUGCUUUUAACAUUCCAUAUAUUUUUGAAUGUUUUGAAGUGCAUAAAAUGAUGGCUGCUUUUUCAGAAUUAAGUUUAAAGUUUCAAAAGAUACCCAGAACCAAUUUGUUGUUAGCUGUUUGUUCUGUUAUGAUUUUGUUUUUAAUGCUUUCUGCUGUUGCCCUUACAUACAAGAUUUUGGUUCUUCAAGCAAGAAUUGAUGGGAAAGAAUUCUGGACCCCAGUGGCCAAACAAAACUGGAGGAACAAUCUUUACUCCAGUUUUUAUGAACUGCAGGCCGGUUCACACAUGGCCACCAUACGACAACUUCACCAGGUUCUGGAAGCCAAUCUCCACAUGUUGGAGGAGAUUGGUUUGAAUCUGAAAUCUUUACAAACAACAACAGGAGACUUAAACAAUAAUUGUCAAACCAAAGAAGAGAAUUGCAAAAAGACCAAAGUGUAGUCAAAUAUCAUAUACCCACAUCUUAUGCCUCGGAAUUGUGAUGAAUGUGUCAUCAGCCUUUGAUAAAGUGGACCUACAUAAGACCAAGACUAGAGGAAAAAGUCAUAAUGGAGUGCCUGGUACUCUCUGUCUCCUUGUUUGUGGA